GAACAUGACAUAACAAUAGUCUUGAAAACUCAUUUCUACAUUGGGUUUGUUUGUGGUAUAGUCGACGGAGGUGCUUAUAUAUAUUCUGUGAUACUUGUGUUAAGGACUUUAUUUCUGACAAGAUGAGUUAUUUAGUCAUCAUCCUCUCCGCUCUGGUGGGCGCAGCUUUCGCUGGUGGAAAGAGCAACGGCUGUUACGAUGUAGACACCAUCGACAGAAGUUUGAGGGACGAGUAUUGUGACCAACCUCUUUUCGUCACCUUCUUGCCCAAGUCUUCAGAAUCUGAGCUCUUGGACAACAUUUGCUACACUUACUUCCCUCUGCCUGACGACCCUGACACCUUCCAGGUCUACAUCUCCAGAGUGUUCUGUGACGGUUCAAAUGACAUAACCUCAUUCAUUGGUACUCAAAUCGAACUGGGAGUCAAUAGGAAGGCAAAUCCGUUCUGCACACUGACUGACAGCUUCUUCGGCUACGCUGGUUGUGAUACGUACCUCGCCUACCGAUGCUACGAAUACGGAGACUGCUCCAGUGUGGGCGACACCGACUCCGGUGUUGUACUUGGGUUCUCGCCUCAGUGCCGCACAAUCGGUCUCUCCUGUCUGAGGAAGGUUGAGGAGAUUGUCCGUGACAACUGUCUGCCUGACCAGGACUACUACGUCCUUCCCAUGAAGUUGCCUAACAGAUGUGUCACCCAACAGCUGUGUCUGCAACCUCCCAACCCGUUCUACGGAGCUUUGGUCGAGCCUGUUCGUCCUUACGUCGGUUUAGUUUAGUUUAGUAGUAAACAAUAAUUGUAAAAUAACUUAACGGCUUUAUUAAAUAACCAUUGAACAUCACAACAUACAAUCGAGUCACCAUCAUUCGCUCAAUUGUUUAUAUGACUGAAAUGUAUUUAUGUAAUAAAAUUGCCAUUAAGAACCCA